AGAAUGUCGACCCCAAUGCAGCAAUGGUAUACAGGACGAUCUGUUUUCGUUACCGGAGGUACAGGAUUUAUGGGGAAAAUCCUUCUGGAAAAGUUAGUCCGGGCUGUUGUUGGAAUUAAGAAUGUGUACGUUUUAAUAAGACCCAAGAAAGGAUUAACCCCAGAAGAAAGAUUAGAACUCAUAACAAAGUUACCGAUCUUUGAUAAGAUUCGCGAAACUGAUCCCAAAGCGGUGAAAAAGCUUAUCGCAGUGGAUGGGGAUGUUACUCAAGCAGGACUGGGACUUUCAGACAAAAAUAAAAAGCUCAUCAAAAAAAGCGUUUCUAUCGUCAUCCAUGGGGCAGCAUAUUUACGACUGGAAGCUUGCGUGAAAGACGCUAUCAUUCAAAAUACUUUGGGGACGAAAAAUCUGAUAGAUUUUUGCAAAGAAAUACCUAAUCUUAAGUCUUUAGUUCAUUUGUCAACGGCAUUUUGUCACGCUGAUGUGGAGUAUUUAGAAGAAAAAAUUUACCCUCCAACAAAAGACCCAUACGAGGUAAUGAGACUUAUAGAAUGGUUGGACGAUAAAAGUUUGGAACAAAUCGAACCAUCAUUGCUUUACCCCCAUCCAAAUUCGUACACGUUUUCGAAAAGAUUAGCGGAAACAAUUGUUUAUGAUGCAGGACACGACUUACCAGCGACAAUUUUAAGACCAUCCAUAGUUAUUCCUGCUCUCCAUGAGCCUAUUCCUGGAUGGGUGGAUUCAUUAAAUGGUCCCGUGGGUAUUUUAGUGGGGGCGGGCAAAGGCGUCAUUCGAACUAUGUUGGUUAAUGUUAAUAAUCAUGCAGAAUUUAUUCCUGUUGAUAUUGCCAUUAACGGGAUACUGGUGGGCGCGUGGUACCGGGGAACGAGAGAUUUUCAAGAUACGCCUGUGUACAAUGUGACUCAGUCACAAGAUUUGUUGUCCAUAACUUGGGGAGAAGCUCUCGACAGAAUGAAGGGAGGAUUCUAUAAGAAUCCUUUCGAAUGGACGCUGUGGUAUCCCGGAGGAUAUUUAGGAACCAACGUUUUUAUCCAUAAAUUGUGCAUCAUAUUCAUGCAUAAAAUUCCCGCUUACGUAAUAGACUCUUUACUAUUCAUUCUCAGACAAAAGACUUUUAUGGUACGACUUCAGAGAAGAAUAAGCACAGGUUUGGAAGUACUUCAAUAUUUUGCACUUAGAGAAUGGCAUUUUAGUAAUAAAAAUUGUCUCGUAAUAGCCGACGAAAUGGUAGAAGAAGAUUUAAACACAUUUUACAUGGCUAAUGCCGAAUACGAUGUGGAUAUUUAUAUGCUUACAGCCCUUUUGGGAACACGCAAAUAUUGCAUCAAGGAAAGUUUAAAAAGUAUUCCGCGAUCAAGAAGAAAUUUAAUGAUAUUAUACAUAUUAGAUCGUUUAAUUAAAAUUGUCUUUUUGGGAUAUGUAAUCUGGUUUAUCCUAGACAUUUUUCAUUUAAUGCCCCACAUCUCCACGUUUUGGAGUGAAAACAAAGUAUCUUUAAUAAGUCUUGCACCACAUUAG